AUGGAUGUGCCCGACUUGACGUCCCAUACUACCCAUCAAGAAGAUGCCGCUCCUGAGAACUCAUCGUUCCAGGAGAAGCUUCCGAGGGAAAUCCGUCUUAUGGUCUUGCAGGCUUUAGUCCACUUGCACAUCGACGAUCACGAACGCGACGUGCAGCAGGGAAGGUGGAAGGGCGAGCUCGCGCGCAAGAGGUGGUACGGCGAGUCGGCUGGCAGGCGAGAACUUUUACGCUUGAGACGGGUAUGCAUGGACUGGAACGACUUGGUCCUCGAUGGUCAGAUGUGGAGCAAUUGCCACAUGUCUCCUUACCUCGAUCACUUACCACCUUCAACCUUGAUCAAGAUCCUCCGAUCGGCCUCAUCGUGUGUUCGCGAGCUAGAUGUCUCGGGUUGGCGGAACAUCCCUGGACAGCUGUUGAUCACCGCCAUGCAGGCCGGAGGAACGUUUGACACGGGUCUGCGGAAGCUAGACCUUCAAGGAUGUCGCGGAAUGGGGGCGCAGGAAUUGCAAUGGCUUCUGGACCAUUCUCCGAACCUGACCUGGCUUUCGGUGAAAGGUCUGAGCUGCGUGCGUCGCGAACACAUAUCAGCGUUGUCGGCUUGCAUGCAGCUCGAGUACCUUGACCUGGCAUUCUGCGAGGCUCUGCCUUGGGAUUGCUAUGACAUGCUGCUUGCAGAGGAACGCCCUUGCAUGCGCGAGCUGCGCAUGUCUGGCUUCCGAGGGAUCAUCAACUUGGCCAUGGUCGCCGUCCAUAUGCCCAAUCUUCAAGUCCUGGACCUAUCUUAUAGUUCCGAUUUGGGAGACAAACAUUUCAAGACAUUGGUUACCCCAUGCACGCAAGAGUGGAUGCCGGCAUUCGUCAAAUCGCAAUGCGCUCGAUAUCGCAAGGAUAGCAUUUCAUACGGUGAGAAUAUAAGGUUUUUAACAAUCGACGAGGCAGGUCAACCUGCGUCGGAGUUUACUGGAUGUAACGGGCUCGUCCCUCGACGGAUCCUCAAGCUCAGGAAGCUAGUCCUCUCACAAUGUCACCAAUUGACCGACAGGAGCUGCCAAUAUCUAGCCCAUGCCGUCCCUGCACUCGAGAUCUUCGAGAUGGCCAACGCCGAUGGCAACGCCAACAUCCAGACGGCCGGCUUGAUCGACCUUUUCAGUACUUGCCCUGCAAUCCGCAAGAUCGACCUCGAAGGGGCAAUGGAUAUAGAGGACGAUCUCGUCCCGGCGCUCUUGCACAACAAUAAACCCGUACCAGGAUCACCUUCGACCGUUGUAGGGAGUCAGCUCGAUACCGUCUGCCUUGGUUUUGCAGGUAAUCUCUCAAGCGCCGCCAUGCACGCACUGAUCCUGAAAUGCACCCGGCUCAAAUUUCUUGAUAUCGAUAACACGAUGGCGGGUGACCUGCUGGUCAAGGAGUUCAUCCGCAAGCGCGGUCGUGGUACCGUGCUCUCGGUCGUUGACUGUCGCGGCGUCUCACGCAACGUCGUUGAGGCUUUCGAGAAUCGUAGGAGGGCUCGAAACGGAUGGCGAGGGUGGCAGGCCGCUCCUCUUUGCUACCAAGACGGGCCCAGCAUGGAAGGCAGGCCCGACGAAUGCUCUGAUGCACCGGUGAUACAGAGCUUCUGGACGUGGAACCGUGUGCCGCGGGCCGAUCGACCGAUGUCAAUGACUCUGGACCGAGAGCGGUCCCGAUUUACCGAUUACGAUGCGGACGACCUGCCUGACACCCCAAAUAGCUGUAUCUUGAUGUAA